AUGUGCAGUGUGAAAGGAAUUGUUGGAGCCCCAGACCCAACCCCCUUCAGUCUAACCAUGAUGGAUCCAGAAGCUUUCUUGGACUUGGCCAACCAAGUCACCAAGUUAAAAAUGUAUCCAUAUUUUGACAUAGCACAUUGUGCCAUAACCUGUCUUGCGAUCAAGGAUGAUUUGGCGGCUGGGGCUCAUCUCUUUUCACGAAAACACCCACUUGCAUGUUGGAUCUCUAGCAUGGUUGCCAUCUUUGCUGGAGGUCUCAUGGCCAGUCUACUUCUUGGAGAACCCAUCCUUGGGGUCUUCAAAAAUUCAAAUCAGCUUGUAAUUGCAACUUUAGUCUGGUAUGUGGUGUUCUACACACCAUUUGACAUAGGAUACAAGAUAACGAAGUUUCUUCCUGUGAAACUGGUCCUGGCUGCAAUGAAGGAGAUUUAUAGGUGUAAGAAGGUUUAUGAUGGAGUCACCCAUUCUGCCAAAAUCUUCCCAGCUGGCCAUCUCCCCAUGAUUGUGAUAGGAACCAUCAAAGGGAAUGGUGCUGGAUUCUUGAAAGUAUUUGAAAGGUUACUACGAGGCGUAUGGACUCCAACUGCAAGUGAACUGCUCCAGCCAAGCUUCCCAACAAAAGCAUGCUUGGUGGCAUCAGUGAUCUUUGUGCUGGACAAGAAGACAGAGCUCAUCUCAGCCCCUCAUGCUCUGGUAUACUUUGGAAUCGUCAUCUUCUUUGUCUAUUUCAAGCUGUCCUCCAUGUUGCUGGGCAUCCAUGACCCAUUUGUGCCAUUUGAGAAUGUAUUCUGCACACUCUUCCUGGGAGGGAUCUGGGAUCUCAUGGGCCGUGCCUUCUCGGGUGGGAAGGGUGCCGAGGCAGCAGCCAACAACCCUGGUGGCCAGCAGAAGUCUGAUGCCCAUGCAGCCAAGAACGGGAAGGCAGACAGCUUGAAGAAGAAAGAGUAGUAGAUCCUUGCUUCCCUCCUCCCCUUACUCCCAUUCAUCUCCUGGCAAUUGAGUCUCCCAUUGCAGGGAGAUGAAGAUCCAGGCAGUUUUCACUGGGGGAGAGAGAGGUUUCCCUUUUGUCUUCCUUGAGGCUCAAGUGCCAGGUAGCUCAAGCCAAAAUAUCUCACAAGGAACCUCAUUUCCUCAACUGGGGUGUUGCGCAAUAUUUCUAGUCAUUUCUUUGUUUUCUUCCUGUUGCUCUUUGUCUUCCUUGUCUAUCCUUUUUUUUUCUGGCAAAGCUUCCUGGUGGUGAGAAUUUUUUUCAUUUUGUCUCACCUUAAAGUUGAUACCAGGGUUUUUUGUCCCCUAUUAACAAAGAGACUGAAAACAGUUUUUAUAUUUUGCUUUCAUUAAUCCAGUGUGAACAUUAUGUGAGGAUGUGCUGAUAAAGGGCCCAUGAUAGUGUUUGUUUCAUCUUGUUUUUUCUUGUGCUUCAUUGUGUUUUGAUUUGCAUACCACCCAAGUGCUCUUGCCCUUCACUACCCAGGUUUUCAAUUUGUGGAUUCCGCUUGCUUUAGUGUUUUAAGUGUGUGGUGACUCUUAGUGCAUGAUGAAAAUUAAACUCAAUUUUAAAUGUAGACACCUGUCUAUGAGCAAAUCAGCUCUUCAGAAGGCUGUGUAAUCCCUUUUUAAGUUGAUGUCACUGUAAAAUUGUUUCUGCCAUCUCAGCUCAUGUUUGCAUUUUGCUCAGGGGACUGCAAAAAAAAUAGGUAUGCUCCACUGUGACAGCAAGUGAGGCUAAAAAAAAAUUUGGGAUCAUGAGAGAAAGCUGAAUCACUCUUUAUGCCCAUCAGAACCUCCAUUAGUUUGCACCUUGCUGUCAGCGUAAAAACAUAAGCGUGUCCAUCCAUUUUUAGUGUCUCAGCUAAUACAUAAGUUCUGCUGCAUGGCUGUACCAUGAAGUUACUUGUCUUGCUGGUUUACCUCCUGCUCACUCAUGUUUCAACAUAUUUCACAUUCCAAUAUUCCUCAUUAUUGCAGUUCAGGUAAUGGUACUUCAGCUUGUCAGUCAAUUGCUUUUGUGCCCAAUGAUGGAAGAAAGUGAAAGGCAAUGGUGAAAACAGAAUUCUCAGAAGUUCCUUUGAUGGCAAAAAUCCAUUUGCUGUCCAAAGUUGUGUCUUGCAAGAGAAACCUAUUCACACUCUGAUUUCCACAUUUUGCAUGCAAAACUAACAGGAAUGUGAAAGGUAACUCAUCUGAAAAUGUAUGGUAGUAAGGGAAAGUGGAAGGAACUCCUCCAUGGAAAAAAAUUAGUGCAAGGAGGCAGGAUAUUGUACCUCUUUAUUGCUCAAGCAUGAGGCUAUGCAUUUCCACACAGACCAAUAUUCCAUAAGCUUCUUAUCUUUUUUAGCCUCACUUGCUCCAAGAGUGGAUGAGUUUUCUCAAGUCCCGUAGAGUUUGAAACUUCCUUGAAAUCCAGGAUUAGUUACUUAACAGCAAGAAUGGAAGCACUAUUUAUGUUUGAUGAAGGCAAAAAGCUCAAAUUAUGCCUAUAGAUGUGAGGAAGUGAACUUCAGCUUGCAGGAAAUGGCAAACGAUGUUGGUAAACCUUUAUCUAAUUGUUUUGCGAGUUUCUAUUCUUGAACAUAAUGUUAGGUCAAACCAGGUGUGAUUUUUUGUUUCCUCACCUGCUGUUACUUCUUGUGCAGAGGAGUGCAUGCAUGAAAGUGGACUUCUCUUAGAAGUGAGUGAAUUUCGUGUUGUUGAUAUUGGCUUUCCCAUGGAUGUGUCCAUACAAUGACCUAUACUGGAGCAUAAUUUCUAAUAAUUUGGAGACAUCAAAUUAGGUUAAUGACCGUGCUUCCUCGCAAAAUGGGAUUUCGAUGGCAAAAGGAUGACUGAUCUGGUACAUAUUUUCAUUCCCCCCCUCCCCCUUCGUCAAGUGGUAAGACAAAAUAGAAACAUAAUGCAGAGGGGAAAAUGACAGCUUUAUUCAUGAGAUAUAUAACUCUCCAAAUAUCAGAGAGUGGUUUGACUUGAAUAAUAUCUUCAUAGAUGAUGUGACAGAAAUAAAUGGAGAAUGAGAAAGUAAACAUGUGAAAGGAAUGGGAAUAUAUCAUGGAAAAAGAACACCCUUUAGACGCCUUUAGCAAGGAGGGAAUCGUAGACGGAGAAAGCUUCAUCGAUGUCCACAUAGCAGCCCACAAGGUGCCUACAAUGGAUCAUAUUUUUAUAAUUAAGUUUUCAAAAACGUAUAUGUUUUGCAUAGGAUGUCUAUGAUUUCAAGAAUAUAUUUCUUGAAAUCAUAGACAUAGGAAGCCCAUCCAAGAUACUUCCAUGCAAUUGUCUCCAAUGAGAAACAGUCCAGACUUCCAUGCAUCUUAAGUGUCAUGUGGAAUACACAGCAUUGAAAAUAUUUAUGUGCCUAGGAAAUAGAGUUUGUUACUGUCCCAGCUCUCAUAGAUAUCAUGUGCUGAGGAAUUAUUGUCUCUUUUUCUUCAGUAUUAUAUUAGUGCUUUACUCUUUUUCUGUGCCAAAUGUCUACAACUUUUGGCAAUAAGUUGAUUCUUCUGGUGCUAAAGGUCAAAGUUUUCAAGCACUUUUUUUUAUACUUUUCCCUU